UCAGCCUGCAAAAUUACACUCUUCUCUCUCUCUCUCUCUCUUCACACAAACAAAAGCAAAAGCUCGCACAGUCUCGGUCGUCGCCGUCUUGUCUCGCCGACGUUUCCAAACCUGUAGUGGUUGGAGGAAGAAGUCAAAACAAUGCCUCCUUAUGAUUGCAUGCUUCUAUUCAAGCCCACUGUUAAAAAAGAAGCCCUAAUCGGUUUAGUUGCAAGGAUUGGAAAACACAUCUGUAGAAGAAAUGGGGUUGUCACUGAAGUUAAGAGUUUCGGAUCAGUUCAGUUGGGCUAUGGAGUGAAAAAGCUUGAUGGCCGAUUUUAUCAGGGCCAACUGAUGCAAGUGAGCAUGAUGGCUACGCCAGAAAUCAACAAAGAGCUGCAUUACCUAAAUAAGGAAGACAAACUACUGCGUUGGCUUCUGGUUAAGCAGCGUAACACAAAGUUUGGGCUUGAGUUCAUGGAUGAUGAAGGUAGACUGGAGCUAAGCAGAUUCCCUAGUAAACCUGAUGAUGAGGAUGAUGAUGAGGAUGGCGAUGAUAAAGAAUAUGAAGUGAAUGAAGAAGAAAACAAAGUGAACUAAAAGAUGGUUGUAUUUAGUUUGUUUCCAUUAGGAGAGGAUAAAACCAUUGUGCUUCACAGGUGCCAAACAUAUGCUUAUUGAUAGUGCUACAUGACAAUCAGACAUUAGUGGCUCCAAGAUUUUGAUUAGUAAACUGCAUGUUGCCUCUUGAUAUUAGACAAUAAAUUUUUUGUAACUGGGUGAAAUAGUUUAUUUACAAAUGUUUAUCUUUGAACAUUUGAGCACAUGGUAUGUGAAUAUUGUAAGCUCUCUGAUGUUGAGUUUGAUUCCCAGCGAUAAAAAGAAAAAAGUUGGAGCACUUGAGUUCUUCGACUCCUCGCAGCA